AUGACAUACCAAGGCGCGCUCCCGCCCGGCCAGGGCUAUCCUGGCCAAGGGGACCUGUAUUCCGGCGGAGGUGGUGGCGCGGCCAGCCAGCAAGCUGGGUAUGCAUAUCAGCAGCCGCAGCAUCACCACGGCCAACAUCACCAGAUGCAGCAGCCGCAGCCGCAGCCGCAGCCGCCGCAGCAUCAGUUUGCCCAGCAAAACGGGUCGCAUCACAAUGCUAACAGCCUGUACGCCAACAGCAUGGGCCAGACCCAAUACUACCAGCCCCAGCAGGGGCAGUACGGCCAGCCUCAGCACCAACCGCAGCAGAAUCAUCAUCAGUUUCAGCAACAGCAGCACUACCAACGCCAGCAGCAACAUCAGCGGCAACAUCCACAGCAACAGCAUGGCGCGCAGAUGCAGCAGUUUGGUGCCGGUGCAGGCGCCUCGAUAGGCAGCGGUGUAUACCACGGCAACUUCCAGCAGCAGCAGCAGCAGUCCGAUGGUCGACAGUUUGCGCAGUCCAACGAUGUCUGGCGCCAAUCUCAAUCGCCGUCCAUACAACAUGCCAUGAUGCCGACGCAGAUGCAAGCCACCGUGAUGCAGCAGCAGCGAUCGCAGCAGCAACAUCUACAGCAGCUGCAGCAGAUGCAGCAUACCCAGCAACAAUCACCCCAGCUCUACAACGCUUCCAUCGCCUCGCCGCAAAUACACAACCAGUCGCGCCCUUCUCCUCGUCCACGACAGCCGUCGAUACCCGCGCAACAUAUUCAGGAAUAUCAGCGACGAAUCUCUCAGUCUCCCAUCCCGCAGCCAUCGCCGCAGCCGCGACAAAUGACACCUCGACCAGUGCUACCGACGCCCCAAACUCACCAUGUCGUCCAUCCAGCACACGGCCAGACUCAGAUGCAGCAGCAGCAGCAGCAGCAGCAGCAGCAGCAGCAGCAGCAGCCGCAACAGUACCACCAACCGCAGCCGCAACAGGCAUUUCACCAGCAUUUGCAAUCUCCGCAUACGCAGUCGCCGCAAAUGGUCCAGUCACCGCAGUUACAGCAAUCGCCACACAUAACGAGCCAGCCACAGAUGCAGACGCGGCGUCAGUCGUUGACACCGCAAACGCCGACGACUCCACAGCCGCAAGUGCAACUGCAACUGCCGCAGCAAACGCAAUCACAACACCCGUUGCAUGUACAACCGCAACAAAUAUUCACGCCCCUCGAGCCCGAAGCAGAGCCCGCGUCAAAGCCCGAAGCAGUCUCUGAACCUGAGCCAGAGCCCGAGCCCGAACCUCUGUCGAAUCCUGACGAGCCGAAUAAUUUCGAGACCAUAGCCAGCGUCACUCAAGAUUCGACACAGGACGAGCUGCAAAUCGAACAACAGUCGCAAAACGAACAUUUCCACUUUGUCAACCUGCAGGAUAUCCAAAACAUUCCACCUCCGCCGCCAAUGCCGGCAAUGGAAUUCCAGAGCAUUGACCCUCGCGAUCUGACAUUGAGCUUCCCGAAACCGCUUCUUGAUCCGCUCCCAUUGAAGCGUGAGCCGGAGCUAGAAGAAAAAGAUACAGCAAUGCCGAACGCACCGUCCCCCAAAGUAGAGCCUAAACAGGAGCCUAUCCAAGAGCCCAUAUCGAGGUUGAAGGAAGAGCCCAUCCUGCAACCGAAAUCAGACCCAAAGCAAGAAGCAAGACCAGACUUGCUGAAGCCGAAACCCCGUAAAGAAACAAAGGUAGAGCCGCCAAAGCCCUGGCUCAAAUCGAGCCCGAAACCACCACCACCAAAGUCGCCCUCGGUGGCGAGUUCGCCUAGCAUCACAAAGCGCUCGCCUGCGCCACAAUACAAGCAACGACCGAUCAAUACAGGCCCUAUAAUGGCAGCAGUCGCAGAGGAGUGCAUUGGCAAGGCGAGAGCGCAGGCGCACGACGUGGCCAUGUUUCUGGACCCCGACGACGUGACAGAAUACCAAAGACUCAUCUCUACUGGCCUUUCUUGCUUCGAAGGCAUGCUCCAGAGCGCGCGCCUGGCACCGAGAGAAGAAGCGCGAACCCGCCUGCGCUAUGCCACAGUGCUGCACGAAGAAACGGAAAACAUCAUGGAGGCUGAGACUGCUCUGACCAAGGGUAUCGCGCUGUGUGACAAGCACCGCAUGAUGGAUUUGAAAUACUGCAUGCAAUACUCAAUGCUGAAGCUUCUUUUCCAGAGGAACCACAAAGCUGCGCUCAAGGCUGUCGAUGGCCACAUUUCCAACUGCGAGGCCUUCAAACACGUGCCCUGGUAUUACGCUUUCCGCCUGCUUAAGGCCACUUUUUACAUGGAAAUGGGCAACGCUUCGGAUACAUCUGCCCUUGAAAACAUUCGCGCUAUCCAGAACGUGGCGUCGACGCGUGGGGAUAAUGCUCUCAGCAUUUUCGCAUCUGUCCUCGAAGGCCUGGCGCUGCUCAAGACUGCCAAGGAAGGUAGCAUAGAUAAGGUGCAAAGCUGCAUUGCGCAGGCUGCCAAGUUUCAGUUCGACCCCACGAUCCGCAUUACGCAGCUGGACACUUUGGUCCUUCUCCUGGAUUUUGCCGCCAGCUUACACCACCAGAAUCCCGAUGCGACGUCUGCCAAGCUGCGAGACCUGCAGAAGAAGAUUGAUGACUGCGAGGAUUGGAAUAAUGUCAAAGCGGAUUUUAUGGUGCCUAUAAAAAAGCAGGCUGCCAGUUCUAACUUAGUUGGCCAAGAUACGGCUUCCAUUGUUGAUCCCGGCGACGGCACCUCAGAAUCGGACAACUUGGUCAUAACUUUCAUGACCAAAAUUGAGCUACGAUCUCUCAUAUUCAUGUUCAGCGGGCUUUCUUCGUUGCACAAGCAGUCAUCUAAAUCCACAGAUUUCUGGCGCGAGGGAUCUAAAAUCUUGGAGACGUGGGACGAGUUUACACUGGGCAUCCCGUACGGACCGCCAGUGUCCCUUCACACUGCGAUCAAGCAACGCCAGUGGCGAACCGAAGGCCAGGCAUACAUAGCAGUCAUGCUUGGACUACUCGAAGCCAGUCAUUGCCAAUGGACCACUGUCAAAAAACAUAUGGAUAGGUUAGAAGGUUUGCUAUCAGAUGAGUCGCAACCAACCCUGAAGCUACUUGCGCUCUACCUAUCGGGCGUCUACCACCAGGGACUAGGCGAGUUACAAACCGCCCUUGAGAUUUUUCAAGGCGACAGGUUUACCGAGCCACUCUGUAAAAGCCACGGGCUCAAGGUUGGCGAGCAGGAAGUGGCGAUGCUGGCUGGGCUCAACAGGCUCUGGAUCAUGCAGCACGACUCCUGCCGCAACGAUUCGGAGACCAUCGACCUCAUCGAGCAGCUGCAGCCCCUGUACAGCGGUCACUGGAACGUCGACCUUUGCACGGCGUGGCACAACGUCAUGGCCGCUCUGGUCACGGACCCGCCGCAGCAACUGAACCAGCAGAAGCAGCAUAUCCAGGCGGCCAUGGGCGGCUCCAAGGGCACAGGCAACAUUGUCGGUGCCGCCGUGACGCUCUGCAUCAUGCGCAGCCGCUUCUUUGAAAACGUCAUCGGCGACCAGGCGCUCAAGAGCGCUCGCGCGGCGGCUAAGCAGGCCCAGCGCAGCGGCAACGUCCUCUGGCAGAGCGUCGCCGACGGCAUGCUGGCGCACUCGUACGACGUGCAAGGUCAGAGGGAGGAGUCGAGACUGGAGUGGGAAAAGGCGACGAGGGAGGCGAGAGAUGCAUUCAAGCGGAGUUGA